UUCCGGAUAAAUAAGCUUCUCGUAAUGUUCCAGAAUGCAGUAAACAUGCCGUCGUUGCUGGAAGCAUUAGAGCUUAAGUACGGCAGCUCAACGACGGACUGCUCAUUGACGGACGAUGAAGCGGAGUCUGGCUCGCCCAAAGCCGCCCUGUCGGUGAGCAUCUUCAUCCCCAAGAAAUCCCCACGACACACGGUGCCGGCGCUAUUGGUGCUCCAGGACUGCGACAUCGAGUCGGCGGGCAACGACGCCGAGAAGCUUCGCAGCAAGUGCAAGAACGUCGAGGAGCUUGACCUGGCGCAGAAUAAGCUGUCGCAAUGGACGGAGGUAUUCGACAUCCUGCAGCACAUGCCCAAGAUCAAGUUCGUGAACUUGAGCUUCAACUGCCUCGCGGAGGUGCUGGAGAUCAAGCAUGGUAACUACGAUCUUCUGAGGAAUCUCGUGCUCAAUGGCACGAGGGUGUCCUGGUCGACGGUGCAGGGACUGGUACGGCACUUGCGCAAUCUGGAGGAACUUCACUUGUCUUUGAACGAGUACAAAACGGUGGACCUGGAUUAUCAAAAGCCGGAGAACGCGAAUCCGGCGCUGAAGAAAUUACACUUCACCGGCAAUCCGGUGGAAGUUUGGAACGAGAUCUCGAAGCUAGGGUAUCUAUUUCCAAACCUGAAGAGCCUUGUCCUCGCCGAGUGUCCGAUCAGAUCGCUUGGUUUGGAAGAAAAUCGAAAUUUGCCAAGCGAGGAUGGCCGCCGAACGAAAGAAGAAGGUCACGGGCAGGAUAACGAAAACAUGAAUCACUUAGACGCGGAUGAACAUACCUCGUCGACGGACGAUAAAGGAAAUAGGAUAUUUGAGAGCAAGGUCAACUACGAAAGAUCUGAGUCGAAGUCGGAAUCCAAUGGGACAACCAUCAAGUCGCCCCACGAUCCCUUCAGAAUGCUCAGGUUCUUAAACGUGAACGGUACCCUGCUAUCGGCUUGGGACGAGGUCGAAAGGCUCGCCAGGUUUCCCGCGCUGAAGUCGCUCAGGAUCCAAGGCUGCCCGCUUUUCGAGAGCCCCCGGGAGUACACGGAACACGAGAGGCGGCAGCUACUAAUAGCCCGACUGCCAAACGUCGAGACAUUGAACGGCGGCGGCGUGAUAUCGUCUCAGGAGCGCGAGGACGCAGAAAGGGCCUUCAUACGUUAUUACAUGGACAAACCGGAAGCUGAUCGACCCGAAAGGUAUUCCGAGCUCGUGGCUAUUCACGGAAAGUUGGACCCCUUGGUGAACGUAGAUUUGACGCCGGAGAAAAGGGUCAAGGUCACGUUCACUUACGGAGAUCUCGUCGAGGUACGGUCGGUAGAUGUAUAUAGGACAGUUUUUGAAUUAAAAACCAAGUUGGAAAGUAUGGUGAAAAUUCCUGCCAAUAGAAUGAGGCUUUUCUACGUUGAUCAGGAAAUGAAAGCACAGUAUGGACCGGAGGAAAUGCUGUAUCCAAACAAGCAACUCUAUCGGUACAACAUUAGGAACGGCGACGAGAUCAUCAUUGACAGCAAACUGAAUCGAUUCGCGUCAACGUCGUCGACCACAUCUUCCAUUCGUUCCUGAAGAAGAACGACGAGUGAAUCGUGCGGUAUUGAAAAAAUCCGAUAACUCCUCGGGUUUUGAUCUCCACUUAUAGCCUCACGAUGCGACGCUCAUCGGUGAAUUGUAACAAUACUGUUACAGAUCAAUAGAGAGGCGCGAUUUUCAUGAUUGCGUUUGCUAACACCACCGCGGGUGUCUGAGAAAACCAAAAACUGUUACAAUCCAAGGAGAGCAAUUCGAGGGUAAAUAUCUCCCUACGUUGAAGUAUACAAGCUAAACGUAUAGAAUUAUUAGGGUUUUACGGAUGUUUGACGUUACCUUAAACCACAAAUGUUUCAAAAAUAAUAAUGAGCAGAUAUGUGAGAAAUCUUUAAUUGGCGAAAAUUCGGUAAUUUAUCGGAGACGAAAUUAUCUAAAAACGAGUGUUGCCUGAUGAACGGUAUGUCUAGACAUUUUCUGAAAACCAUUAAUUACAACCACCAAUGCAAAUGAUCGUCCAUUGCGAUUGUUAGAUAAUUAUUUCUUCGUAUAACAAACUCACCCAGAGACCUCGACAUAUAAACUUAAACCGCUACUAACGAGCCUGGUGCAUAGAGAAUAAUUAUUGUAUCCAGUGUACAAGCGUACACGCGCUUAGAUGGAUAGUUAGCCAUCUUUUUCUUUAACGUAGUAAUUCUCGUCCGUCUUAGGAGACGAAACGUAAUACGGGGAAGCAGGAUUGUACAUAGUGAAUUUCAAUUUCCAGCUAAAUUCGAUGUAGUUACGACGCGAGCAAAGAAGAUUUACCCUAUUUGCUUGACGAGAAAGAAAGUGAUAAGGAAUUCGUAGAAGAUAAUUCUCGACUCAUCUUAGGACGAUGCCAACGACAACUGUAACGUAACGCGCCGCCGUUGAGGCUGCUGUGAAGAGAACGAAAUAUUUUUGUAGAGAUCGCGGGCAGUUACCCUUAAAGAAAGUAUAGGAUCUACUCGUUCAUGAAACGAACGCGUUUUGUUGUUCCCCCCGCUUGAGCACCGGGCAAUAAUGAAAGUGUGUAACGCAGUCGCGAAAAUGCGUGCGGCUCUUUCGCGAAAGUCGCUGGUAAAAGGCAAGAAGAAGCCUUGCACGAAAUUCCCGAGUAAGUUUAAGAGUAGCGGAAUGUAUUUACGCCGCUGAUUCGCGAAAGCGUCGUUCACUUACGUCGUCAUCUCGACAAUUGAUCUCUGUACUUUCCGAAGGUGAUGUAUACUUACGAGUAAACUCUUUCCUCUGUAAACUUUGCGCGAGAUCAAAACGCCUAGGUGUCACGAGCUCGUAAAUUACAACGUGAGUUGUAACGAAUACGCGUGAAACGCGAGAGAAAAUUGUGAAACCGCGCAGGAGUCGUGCGCGGUUGAAGUUAUGUUUGCUAUCGUCUAUUUUCGACGCGUACUUAACAUCUUCACUUCUCAUCUUCAACAGUUUCUAUGUCUUUGAACAACCAUUACUUCUUUUAAUUCUAAGGUAUUUGAACAUACGACAGCACGAAUAAAUUGAAUAUAAUCGCAAUCGUUUCGUUACGAAGUGGACAAACGGAAAUCAUGAUACGUUGACGACAGCGGUAGAGUGCUAAUAUAAAUCUUAAAUGUGAUAACAAAGGCGAUGCCGAUUGCGAUUUAUGAGUAUAAUGUUCCGGAUUCGUAUAAUAAUCUCGAUUCUCGAA